GAGUACCCUGACAGAUAAAAAUAGGUUAGGUGGCCCGUAGUUUGGUUUGGUCAACGUCUAAGGUUAGUAUUUGGCACCAUUCACGUGGAGUAAUACCACAACGAAGAAGUUAAAUCGUAAUAAGUCUUUACCUGUUAUAUUACGAUUCGUUUUUAAGACUACAUAUCAAAAGAGUAGUUGCACAGAUGAAAUAAGGCUACAACCUUUAAAAUAAAUCAGGCGCCACAGUUUGUAUAGGUCUACUACAAAGUGGUGUAAUUAAAAAAGAUUCCGACAUAAGUGAAAAGGCCAAGAAAAUGGAAUGCAUCAUAAGAUCUCUGGUUUAAAAAAAAAUUGUCAUAAUAAUAAGUGGGCUUCGGGCCACGCCUAUCUUGUUCAUUAUUAUGCAUAUGUAUUACACGUACCUAAUCAAUAAAACAGCACCAACAUAUGGCGGACAAAUUAAGUUAAUACUCAAGAAUCAUGACGUGUUCUGAAAUUGAUUUGCAAGUUCUGCCUCUCCACAAGCAUCCUCAAUAUUUGGAAGCGUGCGUGGAAAUGAUAAAUGAAGAAUGGCCUAGAAGUAAAACUGCUAGAAUGAUGUCUUUGACCGCGUCUUGCGAUAAUCUGCCUACAAGUUUAAUACUUAUAAACAACAAAAUGAAUUUACUAGGUCACGCUAAGCUUACUCGUUUGCCAAAUAUACCAAAUAGUUGUUUUGUUGAAACUGUCGUUAUAACUAAACAUAUGCGUGGUAAAAAGCUGGGUACUUUUUUAAUGAGAAAAGUUGAAUGUUAUUGUAAAAAUGUUCUUCACUUAAAAAUGCUACAUUUAUCUACAAAGGGACAAGAAGAAUUCUACAGCAAAUUAGGGUUUGAGAUGUGUCCACCAGUUUCUACUUAUGGCAACCCUGUCAGCAUUGUUCUUAAACCUGAUAUACCAGAGAAAAUGAAGAAGACAACAUCUGGAAAUAUACCCCCUCCCCCACCAUUACCCAAGCUUCAGAGUGUCGCUAGUACCAAUAUUAAAUCAAGUAAAACAUUUAUGUUUAAAUAUUUGUAGACUCAAAAUUUAACGUGUGUUAUAUUUUGCGACAUGUUAACUUUUUUAUUAAUCAAACACAUAAAUAAUAAUUAUUUUAUUCAAUU